AAAAUGGUGGAGAAGAAGACCGAGAAAAAGGUAACCAAGGUUGCUAAAGUGGCCGGUGAUAAACCAGAGAAGACAGUGAAAAAGGCGGAAAAGAAACCCGCCGAGAAGGCUACAGAGAAAGCAGAUGCCACCAAAAUCAAGAAGCGUAAGGUGAAGCCCACCAAACGACCUUUCUCCAGGCUUUAUGCUAAGGCCAUCUUCACUGGCUACAAACGUGGCUUGAGGAAUCAGCAUGAAAACACAGCUCUUCUUGACAUUGAAGGAUGCAAGAAGAAGGAAGAUGCCUGGUAUUAUGUUGGAAAGAAGUGUGCCUAUGUCUACAAGGGCAAACGCUACCAAGCAUCUCUUGGUGACAAAUCAAAGAAAUCCAAAAUCCGCGCUAUCUGGGGUAAGGUUACACGGCCUCAUGGAGGUGCCGGAGCCGUACGAGCUAAGUUCAAGUCCAACCUUCCCGCUGUCGCUAUGGGACACCGCGUUCGCAUCAUGAUGUACCCGUCGAACAUCUAAAAUGUGGAUGAUUGCUCGCAUGGCGCUGUAAUAAAUGCUCCGUGAAAAAAAAAA